AUAAAUCAUUUGAGAGAGCAGAGAAUUCCAAAAACGGUACCGUUUAACAUGAGGAGACACCACCACCGAUGCCAAAUCGGCUCCGACAGCGAAACCGCCGGAUCCGAAUCCGAUUCCGAUUCCGAUACGGCGAUGCGAUGUAUCUCUUGCCGAGAAGAGUAUCUCCCUCGCGACGCUGGAACUUGCAAGGAGUGCUAUGUCGAAGCAGGCGAGACUGAGGAAGAACUCAAACGCGAGAUCGAUGACCUCAAAGCUAAAGUUGCUUUUCUCCGUUUAUCUUCUUCACUCGAUCAUGGCGGAAGCAGCUCGAGCUCGAGAUCCUUCACUGAUGUUGUUCUCAUCGCCUCUGAAGACUCCGCCGGAGCUCCUCCUAUUCCUGCUCAUAAAUCCGUUCUGGUGAGUCGUUCUCCAGUUUUCAGAGCAAUGCUUGAGAAUGAGAUGGAAGAGAGCCGUAGCGGCACUAUAAAGAUCAGCGACGUAGCUUAUGACACUCUUCGGACUUUCGUUUAUUAUCUCUACACAGCUGAAGCAUGUCUUGAUGAGCAAAUGGCAUGUGAUCUUUUGGUAAUGGCAGAGAAAUAUCAAGUGAAACAUCUCAAGAGUUACUGUGAGAGGUUUUUGGUAACCAAACUCAGUUGGGACAACUCUCUCAUGACCUAUGCCUUUGCCCACCAACACAACGCGAAACAUGUUCUUGAUGCUGCAUUGUCGCAGAUCACAGAGAAUAUGGAAAAACUUACUAAAAGAGAAGAAUACAUGGAGCUCGUGGAAAAGGAUCCUCGUCUCAUUGUUGAAAUCUAUGAAGCAUAUCUCUCAAAACAGGUUAACACAGCAGCUGGAGGAACUAGCACAAGCAAAACUGGUUGAAAACAAAAACAAGUAUAACAUAUUUGUCGACCUGAACAUAAGGUACUGGGUUUCCCUUCAUAUCUCUUCUAGGUGUAGUAUUGUUAGGCUAAGCAGAACAUGGGUUUGUAAAGCACUAGAAAUUGCCGUAUUAAAUACUUAACAUUAUUGCAAACUAGUAGGAAGUACAUUUCAUUCAUCUCCCUGAUUUUGUUGGGCCAGUUUCUAUGUGUUAUUAUUUUUGCGUUGUUGCUUAAAUGGUAAAGCUCUAGUUAUAGUCA